AUGAGCACAGCAAGCAUCACCAAAAUGAAUCCCCACCAAGCGAACAAAGUCGACAUCAGCUCUCUCAGUCCCGAUGAGCAGCGACUGCUCCGUCUGUACGGCAAAGUCCCUACCAAGAAAGAUCUCCUCCAGAACAAGCUCAAGGAGCGAAAAUACUUCGACUCAGGCGACUAUGCCCUCAGCAAAGCCGGCAAAGCCUCAGACGUCGGCGUCACAAACAUCGGCUCUCGUCACCCCGUCCCCGAAAACAUCCCCCAUCUAACAGCCACAUCACCCGGUGCCCAGAACCCAGCCAACGGCAACGGUAACGGUACUCACAUCGGCACACCCAGUGCGCCCGGAACAAUUACAUCCCAACCUAUCCCCGGCACAGUCAGCGGUCAUCCGGGUUCUAUCGGGUUUCAGAGUCGCAGCAGUCCCGUAAAGGAAGGAUCAUUCGUGCAGCGUAAGUCGAGUUUAAACCGUGAUUCUCAUAACGAGGAUAACGACGAGCAUACUGAAGAGGAUCGAGGACGACAGGCGGAGAAGGAUGACGCGGCGGGCAGAGAGGGUGUUUCCAAUCAGUAA